ACCCCGAGCGGCGGGGCCGCGCCCGAGCCGCCAUGGCGGCGGUUCCUACAGAUUCCGGUUCGCGGCCUGCAGCGGGCGCCCGGUUUUUCUGCACCGCGGGCCGCGGCCUGGAGCCCUUCCUGAUGCGGGAGGUGCGGGCGCGGCUGGCGGCCACGCAGGUUGAAUAUAUUUCAGGAAAAGUUUUCUUCACCACCUGUUCUGACUUAAAUAUGCUGAAAAAAUUAAAAUCUGCAGAAAGAUUAUUUUUGCUGAUUAAAAAGCAGUUUCCACUUAAUGUUUCUUCUGUAAGUAAAGGAAAAAUAUUAAGUGAGAUACAGAGACUUAUAAAUGAUGAUCCAGAAAGUUGGUUGAAUGCCAUCUCAACUUGGAAAAAUCUUCUUGAACUUGAUGCAAAAAAGGACAAACUUUUUCAAAGAGCUGCUAACCCGCCAAAAAGAAAAGUGGAGGAAAAUGACAUCAUCAAUGCUAAGAAAUUAAAAACAGAACAAUCGCAAGAGUUACAAGAGAGUGGGGAAUGCCUGCUGGAAAAGCAAACGGAAGAAGAAACACAGGAGCAAGGAGAUUUUUUCACUGAAAGAGAAAAAUCUCAAGAAGAAUUUCAGAACGAUGUAGUAAAAGCAGCUGAUGCCAAAAACCAGAAGGACUUGACGUUCAGAGUUUCCUGUCGCUGCAGUGGAGCUAUUGCAAAGACCUUUACUGCACAGGAGGUAGGAAGAAUAACUGGAAUUGCUCUUAUGAAACAGUUUGGAUGGAAAGCAGAUUUGAGGAAUCCAAAUUUAGAGAUCUUCAUACAUCUAAAUGACAUUUACUCUGUGGUGGGAAUCCCUGUGUUCAGGAUUCCUUUGGCCAGCCGAGCUUACAUCAAGACAGCAGGCCUGAGGUCUACCAUAGCAUGGGCACUGGCCUCUCUGGCUGAAAUUCAGGCUGGUGCAUUUGUUUUAGAUCCAAUGUGUGGACUCGGAACAAUACUUUUGGAAGCUGCUAAAGAAUGGCCCGAUGUAUAUUAUGUGGGUGCUGAUGUCAGUGACUCACAGUUACUAGGUGCAUAUGACAAUCUGAAAGCUGCAGGCCUUAAGAAUAAAAUUGAGUUACUUCAAGUUUCUGUUAUAGACUUGCCAUUGCCUUCAGAGAGUGUCGAUAUUAUUAUUUCUGACAUUCCAUUUGGGAAAAAGUUUAAGUUAGGGGAAGACAUCAAAAGCAUUCUACAAGAAAUGGAGAGGGUGCUUCACGUUGGCGGAGCCAUUGUAUUGUUGCUUAGCGAAGAGCACCACAGGCGCCUUAAAGAUGGCGAACAGAGCAGCAUCCCUUUGAAUUCCAAGGACAGCCACACAGGUGAACCUUCAAUCAAAAAGUGCUUGAAGCCUGGAGGAAAAACUGGCACAUCAGAGACAGUGUCAUCUUCAUUGGAAGCCAGUAGCCAGGAGUGCUUAGACAAAACACCACCCUUUGGCUCUUUAGUGCCAGUGGAAUGCCACAAAGUUAGCCUUGGGAGAACAGAUGCAUUCAUAUGCAAAUAUAGGAAGUUGCACUCUUUGGGACUCUAGCAGCCUCGCUACUGCAAGCCUGCAAGCCGGUUCGAGUCCUCGCCGUGUCAGCCAGCCGUACAGCUGCGAAGGUAGUUGUCAUAGGAUCUUGAUGGGGCCACAGAGUUCCAGGGAAGCAGACUCCCCUGGGGUCAGGAGGCAUGGCUGCUGGACGAGUUCCAGCUUCAUCCUGGAAAGAGCUGAAAGUUGCCAAAGACCAGUGAAUGAAUAUUCCUACUAAAGAACUCUCAAACUUUGAAUUCUGUUGGAAUGUGAGGAGUUGUGCCCCGCCUGCAGUUUCUGAGAAGGAGCUGCAACUUGGAACACAAAUUUUCAGAGGUUCACAUAAAGUAUAUUGCACUCAUCACAAGGUUGAUGAUAUUUUAACUAUCAGAGUUUUAAAAAAAAAAAAUUUUUUUAACAUUUCUAUUUAUUUUUGAGAGACAGAGAGCGAGGGAGACACAGAAUCCAAAGCAGGCUCCAGGCUCUGAGCUGACAGCAUGGAGCCCGAUGCGGGGCACUCACCAACCGUGAGAUCAUGACCUGAGCUGAAGUCGGAUGCCUAACUGAGUGAGCCGCUCAGGCGCCCCCAACUAUCAAAGUUUUUUAAAUGUGGAAACUUCGAUGUGUUACUUCUUUUGAUAUUAAACUUGAUUUUUAAGCCGGUAAUUUUCUUCUCCAUUGGAAUGAAAAUAAUUUUUAUUUGCAAUACCUUUUAUAUGUCCCAUAUGUCCCUUUUU